UCCAAACUCAAACUAUGGCGAGCUUUGGACUGCAACCUGUGCAGAUUCUUGGCGACCAGGGCUCUGAGGAGCGCGGGUCGCUCGCGCGGCUGUCGUCGUUUGUGGGCGCGAUUGCGAUUGGCGACCUCGUCAAGACGACGCUCGGCCCCAAGGGUAUGGACAAGAUCCUGCAGUCUGAAGGGAUGGGCGCAUCGCAGCGCGGUUCGAUCACGGUGACGAACGACGGAGCGACGAUUCUCAAGUCUGUCCUGGUGGACAACCCUGCUGCGAAGAUUCUCAUUGAGAUCUCCAAGGUGCAGGACGAUGUUGUGGGCGACGGGACGACGUCUGUGUGCGUGCUUGCGUCGCGGCUGCUGCGCGAGGCGGAGCAGCUUGUUAACCAGCGGAUCCACCCGCAGGUGAUCAUCCAAGGCUUCCGCAAGGCUGCGGAGGUGGCGAAGGACGCGCUCGUGGAGUUUGCGAACCUGCGCGACGCUGAGGACACCGACGGUGUGCGCAACGACUUGCUCAACAUUGCGCGGACGACGCUCUCGUCCAAGGUUGUCUUCCACGACAAGAACUUUUUCGCGGAGAUGUGCGUGGAUGCUGUGAUGCGGCUGCGCGGUUCGACGGACCUGGAGGCGAUCCAGAUCAUCAAGAAGACUGGCGGCUCUCUGCGUGAGUCGUUCCUUGCCGAGGGCUUUAUUCUCGAGAAGAAGAUUGGUGUCGGCCAGCCGAAGCGGAUCGAGAACGCUCGGAUUAUGGUGGCGAACACGGCCAUGGACACGGACAAGGUCAAGAUCUUCUCGACCCGCGUCCGCGUGGACGAGUCUGCCAAGGUUGCCGAGAUUGAGGCUGCCGAGAAGGACAAGAUGCGUGCCAAGGUGGAGAAGAUCCUCGCGCACGACAUCAACGUCUUUAUCAACCGCCAGCUCAUCUACAACUACCCGGAGGAGAUCUUUGCCGACAACGGAGUGAUGGCCAUUGAGCACGCCGACUUUGACGGCAUCGAGCGGCUGGCCAUGGUGACCGGCGCCGAGAUUGUGUCGACGUUUGACCAUCCGGACAAGGUGACGCUUGGCUCGUGCGACCUCAUUGAGGAGAUUCUCAUUGGCGAGUCCAAGAUGAUCCGGUUCUCGGGCGUCGCCGAGGGCGCUGCCUGCACCAUUGUGCUCCGCGGCGCGUCCAAGCAGCUUCUGGAUGAGGCCGAGCGCUCGCUCCAUGACGCGCUCUGCGUCCUCUCGCAGGCCAUCGGCGAGCCGCGCACCAUCUACGGUGGCGGUGCAUCCGAAAUCCACAUGGCUGCCGCCGUCGAGGCUGCCGCCUCGGUCCAGGGUGACAAGCAGGCGCUCGCCAUGGAGGCCUUUGCGCGCGCGCUCCGCCAGAUGCCCACCAUCCUGGCCGACAACGCCGGCUACGACUCGGCCCAGCUUGUCGCCGAGCUCAAGGCUGCCCACGCCUCGGGCUCCUCCUCGGCUUGCCUCGACAUGUACAACGGGUGCAUCGGCGACGCCAUCGACCUCGGCGUCCUCGAGUCGUACAAGGUCAAGUCCUCGGUCGUGUCCUCGGCCGCCGAGGCUGCCGAGAUGAUUCUCCGUGUCGACGACGUCAUCCGCCAGCCGGUUCGCCAGCGUGCCCAGGAGUAAGUAUCCG